CUCAGUGACUGAGUGACCAGGACAUAGGCUGAGGUCAGGAUGCAGACAGCACGACUCGGGGUAGUUGCUCUUUGCUGCUGUGUGUGUGUGGUUACAGCACAGUUCACCAUCACUGUACCAGACAAUCCCAUUACAGCAGCAGCCGGAGGUACGGCUGUGUUUACAGUGAAACCGUCUGGUGAGGUGAGGAGCGGGAGUUGGCGUUUUGGCACCGAGACUGUACUUCUGUGGAUCGGGGAUAUAGUAUCUGUAAACACUCAUUACGAAGGCCGGGCUGAGGUAUCUCUCCCCGACGUGUCUCUUCGGUUAAAAUCAGUGACAGUGACCGACAGUGGAAAUUACACUGUGAAUCUGACCCCAGUUUCUGGCGAUUCAAAAUCAGCGACAGUCACCCUGAAGGUGAAGGCCAAAGGCGGUCCUCCUAACAGUUUAAGCGGUGGAGCGAUAGCAGGAAUAGUGAUUGCCUGUAUUGUUGGCGUUGCUCUGAUUACUGCACUUGUCGUAUGGGUCGUCAAAGUAAAAGGAAGGGCGAAAAGUGGAUCACAUCAUCAAAAUGGUGUCACAAUGGCUGCAACAGGAAACACACCGCAUCAAUCUAACAGUGGAGCCAAUACAGCCACAGCGAGAAUAGGACCACAAUCUUCAGAGUACAGCAACCUGACAGUUACUGCUCCCAACGUGUAUGAGAACAUCAACAAUGUGCGAAGAGCAAAGAACAAAGUGAGUAAAACAAUUGUUGGAGAGCGUGGAGUCCUGUAG